CAACGCAAAGACACCCCCGUCAUGCGUCGACAAUUUCCGAACCUCUUCCCCUUCACUGGCGUCUCUUGAAUUGAGGGAACCUUGCCCUACCAGCGAAUAACUAUAGCGUCAGGGAGGGGUAGUCGUACCCCGUUCAUUCAACCCCUCAAAGUUGCAGGCGUCAAUCACCCGCAUCAUCCAGGGCGGGCUCUAAUCAUCGGCGAUUCCGUGCUUGUUUUUGACCGCUCAAGUUACCUCUUGCACGUCACCCGUGGUGAUCACAGAAUCGUUGUUUCCUCCAUGACCUCGCGACUAUGCGAAUAUCUUUCACAACCACCUGACUGACCAAAGAAGACUCCAUUACUGUUCAACUUGGAUAGAGACGGAAGGGCUGCCGUUGUGCAAGCACCAUGGCUACCAUGGCUACUCCGCAGCGGAUGAACGUGCAGGCUCCGACAGCGAAGAUCAAGACGCUUUUAAACAAUCAGCUCAAGAAUAUUCUGAAGGCGGAGAAUCUAAAAUGCUCGGGUGUAAAGGCUCAGAUGCAGGCUCGAAUCAUUACUCAGCUUGAAGAAUAUGCGCGCAAGGGAAAUUAUGGAGCGUUUGAGAGAUUACAGCACCUCAUCUACAACCCGGACUCUCCUGCUCGAUUCAGUUUGCCUCCCGUUGGUUCGCCAGCAGGCGCAGCAUACUCGCCCAUGCUGGGCGCAGGUAGCCCGAUUGGCAUGCCUCCUCAGUUGCAUCGCGGUCCAAUAUAUCCUUCGCCCGGUGGCCAUGCCCCUGCGCGCUUGGCGUUCCGAGAAAGCCCAUUCUACAUUAUCUCGGAGCCACUAACCCAUAUCAUUGAUUUCCCGGUUAUGCCAAACAAUCGUCAUACAUUGCAUGCGAAAGUAAUCUUUUCGCCUACUGUAUGCGAAAGGCUUCGAGCGGAUGCGAACUUGCGCGUCAUGGUCUAUUGUGCCGGCGAAUCUCCACUAUCGCCAUAUACAAAGUUGGACAUCGGUUUCCCCCACCAAAUGGAGAUCAAAGUCAACCAGGACGAGGUCCGCGCCAACCUCAGGGGUCUGAAAAAUAAGCCCGGUUCUACACGGCCAGCAGAUAUCACAGAUCUCCUUCGGAAAAUACCAAAUUACGAAAAUUCAGUAAUGGUCACAUAUGCUCUCACCCAUAAGAAAUUCUCCAUGGUUAUCAAUCUCGUCAAAAAGCAGCCAGUCGAGGAGCUGGUUAAGAAACUUGCUUCAGGGAACGUCAUAUCAAAGGAACGAGUUAUCAGGGAGAUGGUUACUAAGGCAGACGAUCCCGAUAUUGUUACAACAUCUACCGUGAUGUCGUUGAAAUGUCCGUUAUCGACUCUUCGGAUGGAACUGCCAUGUCGCUCGACCGUGUGUACGCACAAUCAGUGUUUUGACGCAACUUCUUUUCUGCAACUCCAAGAGCAGGCGCCGACGUGGACUUGCCCGCUUUGCAACAAGACUGUGCUCUUUGAGUCUCUUGCAGUUGAUCAAUACGUCAAAGAGAUAUUGGCAAAGACUUCGAAAUCCGUUGAACAAGUCACCAUCGAACCCUCGGGAAUGUGGUCGUUGAGUGCCAAACCGUCGCCCUCGCCUCGGCAGAAUGGCAGCAAAUAUGGCACUGCGGCUGCUGCUGCUGAUGAUGAUGACGACUUGGUAGAGAUUAAAGAUGCUCGUGUUUCAUCAGUCAAAAAUGAGUCGACUCCCGUACCUCCCAUAAUGUCUCGGACGCCGCCACUAUCAUCUCGCGAGCCUUCGGCCGCUUCUGCUCCGCCUCCUCAAGCAAAGCGCAAGAUAGACGAUGUUAUUGAUUUAACCGGUAGUGACGAUGAAGAGGAGCCUCCACGUGGUCCCAAGCGGCAGGCUAUUCAUGCCACACCUCGCGGCAUAGCCGAAUUGCGCAAUGGUGGUUAUCAUGAGAGUAGUGGACAUGCUCGACCAAAUGGAACCGGUUUCGUUAUACAUGGUACCUCGAACACUAACACCCCGGAUCCCUUUUGGCAGUAAUCAAGAUGGCUCGCCCUCUCUGUUUGAAGCUUCACUCGAGAAGAACAAUCCUCUUCGAUAAUGGCCUCAUUCCGUUUUCUGCGACUCCAAUCUGGAGAUUGGCUCAGUACAAUCUACGUCCCCUAAUACUUAGAUUGCCUCUUUUGCAAGGAUGAUAUCUCUCUUCUACUUUCCCUGUGUUUUUUUGUUUCCAAUUAUGGAAGGGCGAUAUCUGGUGUUAUGGUAUCAGGAGUUCAGACCUCAAAGUUCUCACGUUGUGGGUGUCGGGUGAUCUAUCAUCUCGGUUGCCAAGGUGUUGUGGAUGGUUUUUCGAAAGAAUUGUUGCAUCAUCUCAGCCUUCUGUCUUAUGCAUGCAUCAUCACCCAAUUAUAGUGAUGUACAUUACGUCUGUAUUUGCAUAGCAAAUUCGGUCC